CCUUUUUCUUUAAAAGAGUUGGAUAUCAGAUAUUGUAACAUAUUAGAUGGUAUAAUUCCCCAUGCUUUUCGAGGCUUGUCUUCUUUGAACGUGCUGAAAUUAUGUGGCAAUGGUUUCACAAGCUUUCCAGCUAGUAUCAGUAGCCUUCCUAAUCUUGGAAAGCUUCAUUUAAAUUCAUGCAAAGGGCUUCGAUCUAUACCCCAACUUCAGUCAAGUGUAAAAGCUCUGGAGGUCAAAGGUUGCGUGAAUUUAAAAGGAAUUGAAGGCUUUUUCAACUUGGAACCGUUAGAAGUUGAUAUUGCUGGAAAACUUCUUGGAAGCAAUAGCUCAUUCAUCCAGGAAUCAGUUACAAACUAUUCUGUCCGCAAAAUUGACAAUCUUGUAGCAGCUAAUGCGAUGUGUCCACCGCAGCAGGCUCUUUCUGAGAGGGGCUUAUACAGCAUCUUCCUACCAGGAAAUGAGAUUCCAAUGUGGUUCGGCGAUCUACAUAAAGGCAAUAUUGUAUCCUUUCACGUGCCUCGACUUGAUCCAGGUUCAACCAUCAUUGGAGUUGUUACAUAUGCUACUUACGCAUGGGGAAGAUAUCAAACGGACCUCCUAACAAAACAGAAAUCUUGUUACACUUGUCCUCUUCUCACGAUCACUAAUAAAACCAAACUGUUUGAAUGGAUCUAUGAUCCUCAUAUCACCUUCUUUUCAAGAGAUGUUGAGCAAGAUAUCAGUUGGUUGUGCUAUUGGAUAUUUGAUAAUCAUAAGAGGGGAACUGAUCAAUAUGAUGCGGGUUGGCGAUUUAAGGAUGAGUUGGAAGAAGGGGAUGAAGUGGAAUUUUCUAUUGACUUGGGUUUUGGAAUUAAUGUAAAAAAGUGUGGCAUCCACUUGCUUUACCAGGCUAAAGACCAUGGCUCACAAUCAGAUGAUCUAGCAAUCGUUUCUUAUGCCUCAUCCAGACAUCAUAGAAGGUUCUUACGAUCUCGUCCUCGAUUGUUAACAAUGAAGAGCAACCAAGAAAUAACAGUGAAUGAUACAGGAACUCCCAUCAUGGAUAAGGAAUUUUUGCAGUGGACAAAGUAUAGGGAUCAAAAAUCGGACGAGACUAUUGCUAUGAAUAGGACAAUAUAUGAAAGAGGCUAACUGAAUAGGCUAUCAACCUGAAAAUGAGGAUCUGGAAGCGUCCUUACCAAGUUUCUCCAUUUGGUGGACUUGCAAAUACUUCUGGCAAGGGGAAUUAGGAAGUUAAACAAUUGCUUAUUAUUCUCUCUAUGUGACUUUCUAUUUCUCUCUUGUAUUAGUGGUUGGUUUGAUUUUGAUGCUAGACUGCUUGAAUUAUUUAAAACUAGGGGUGAGGUUUAACUAUAAUUACUAAUACCUCUGCUAUUUUCAAAUCUAGACGAUAUGUAUUAGUUUAACAACAUUUUAAUGAAAAGAAAAGAAAAAGAAGGACCAUCAAUGGCUUAUGAAAAAGACUGACAAUAGUCUAGAACUAACAAGUUUGAUGAAAUAUAAAAGAGAAGAAAAGGAAGAGAGGAGACGGCAAGGAUUUGGAGUAUAUGUAUUUAUUUACUUAUAUAUGAUUAAUUUUACAGGUGUAAAACCUUUUAGGAUGCCAUGAAAGAAGACAAAAUUUGUGAGCAAAUGAAUUUAGAACUUUUUCUUAUCACCAUAGAUUUAAAGUAUAAAAUAUAAUAAUGAUUGCUAAAAAUUAAAAAUUAAGAGAAAAUAUGUUAUGCCCUUUUUUAUUAAUUGAUCACAAGUGUACGAAUAAUUUGCUCACAUACAUGCAUGUUAUUGAAGGCUAGUAUGUGUGUAAGAGAAAGAGAGAGAGAUAUGGUCUUGCAGGCAGCUUUAUUGCAUAAUUUUUUGAACAGAAUUUGGCUUUUUGUGGUUUAUCUUUGCAUUAGAAUUCGAAUGGGACACUGAGCAAUGAUUUGUCUUCUCAUGGAUUUAGUUUUUAUGCGCAGGCUGAAUUUAUAAGAGAAAAAAUUAAGUUUGUUAUUGAGAGGAAUGCAGAUUUUAUUUUUGAAGUCUUGGAGGGAAAGUCAAUUUCCAUCAGCAAAGCUAGCAGGAAAGGAAAAUUUUUGAACAAAAGGAAAAAUUUUCCCUUUACCAUUUGUCAAAUGACAGGAAAUGAUUACAUCAAGUUAUAUAACAUUCAUUGCAUUUUAUUAGCAUUUAGUCUCAUUUUAUAUUUAUUUUUAUGUGUUUUCAUUAUUAUUUUAGAAAAUAUGUUAAUCUAACUCAAUUCACUGAUUUUUAUAUUUUAUCAGGUAUUUUUAUGUGGUUCUAGAAUCAAAGAUGAGUUUGGAAGAGAUUUAGAUGUCAAAAGGUGAAGAAAACUUGAAAAACGAAGUGGUAGAAAGUUACAUGGGACGUGUAUCACUACACGGCCUGUGUAAAGUCCCCUAACAACAAUUCUGAUACAGCUCUUCUUGCUUCCAAUCCUACCCGGAUGGACCCCUAAUGCUUCUAGCACUCUGAAAUUAGGGUUUUUACACUAGAUACAAAUAUAACAAGUCAAGAAUUGAGAAGAGGAGCCAAUUUACAUUCAAGGAUGCACAUCAACUUCAAGGGAGGCAAGGGAGAAACAAUAUCUGCAAGAUUGCUAAAGGAGAUUUUCAGCUGAAGUUCCAAAAGUCCAAGGCUGCAACACUCUUUCUGGAUUCUUUUACUCUAUUUUCUUCUCAUGUCUUCUCUUUAUCUUUUUAUAAACUUGAUUGUAAAACUCAUAAUGUGUGAGUAGUCUCUUUAUUCUAUGGUUAGGGUGUAGCACUCUUAAUUUAAUUAUGGAUAUGAUUUGAUUUUAUUUAAUAUAUUGGGGGUUUUGUUCUAUGAUUCAA